AUGAAGUCUGUUCUAGUUUUUCCGGUUUUCUUCUAUUUGGUGAACAGUGCUCCAAAAUUGCGGUUGAUGCCAGAAUAUCUGCCUCCUCCGCAACUACUCACUCUUCCUAGUAAUGCUACCAGCAUACGUACAGACAUAACAGAUUCAUUCCAUUGCGAAGGAAGAGAUUACGGAUACUAUGCCGACGUGGAAAAUGAUUGUCAACUUUUCCACGUGUGCCUUCCUGUCACGUACGCGGAUGGACGUAACCAGACGUUCAGGUGGAGCUUCAUUUGUCCCGAGGAAACGGUCUUCAACCAGGAAAUGUUCACAUGCACCAGAGCCGACGAAGCGAUUCAAUGUGAAGAAUCUCCAAGAUUUUACGAACUCAACAGAAACUUCGGCGGUGAAGAAGUCCUCGAAGAAGUAGUUGAUAGUUCUCCCACUGAAGCUCACUACUUGGAAGCAGCAACCGCUGUUCCAGAAGUUCCCCAAGCCAUUGGCCGCAACUUGUCCAGAAGAGGAGGAAAGAUACUUGAGGUCUUGAAGAAUUAA